CAUUUUUUCACUUAGUUGUCCCUUUCUGAAUUUGCAAGAAUGGUUUGUGAUCAUUGCUGUUCGGGACAAAAUGGGAUCUGCGGUUGCUGCGGGGCCUUGAGACCCCGAUACAAGAGGCUUGUCGAUAACAUCUUUCCAGAGGACCCAGAGGAUGGCCUUGUGAAAGCCAACAUGGAAAAGCUGACCUUCUAUGCGUUGUCGGCCCCAGAGAAGCUGGACCGCAUUGGGGCCUACCUGUCCGAGAGGCUGUCGCGUGAUGUGGCCCGACACAGAUAUGGGUACGUGUGCAUCGCCAUGGAGGCCUUAGACCAGCUGCUGAUGGCCUGUCACUGCCAAAGCAUCAACCUGUUCGUGGAGAGCUUCUUGAAGAUGGUGCGGAAGCUGCUGGAGGCCGACAAACCCAACCUGCAGAUCCUAGGCACCAACUCGUUCGUGAAGUUCGCCAACAUAGAGGAGGACACCCCUUCCUACCAUCGCAGCUAUGAUUUCUUCGUCUCCCGAUUCAGUGAAAUGUGCCACUCUGGCUACGAAGACCCUGACAUUCGGACAAAGAUCCGCAUUGCGGGGAUCAGGGGCCUGCAGGGUGUAGUGAGGAAGACCGUGAACGACGAGUUGCAGGCUAACAUCUGGGACCCACAGCACAUGGACAAGAUUGUACCUUCCCUGCUUUUCAACCUCCAGGAGGAGGGAGGCAAAGAGAGCCAGUCGACCGCCCCGGUGCCACUACAGGGUUCUGAGAGGGAGAAAGAGAAGGACAGCCCGGCUGAGCUAACGGAGCGCUGCUUCCGCGAGUUGCUGGGACGCGCCGGUUAUGGCAACAUCAAGAAUGCACUCACACCUGUGCUCAUGCAUCUUGACAAUCAUUCACUCUGGGAGGGCAAAACCUUUGCAUGUCGUUGCUUCAAAAUUAUUAUGUAUUCGAUCCAGUCCCAGCACUCGCACCUGGUCAUCCAGCAGCUCCUGGGCCACCUGGAUGCUAACAGUAAGAGCCCGGCCACGGUGCGAGCUGGGAUAGUGGAGGUGCUCUCUGAAGCUGCUGUCAUUGAAGCUAGUGGCUCCAUUGGUCCAACGGUCCUGGAGGUGUUCAACACUUUGCUCAGGCAGUUGCGCCUCAGCGUGGAUUACGAACUCACGGGCUUCUACGAUUCCUGUGGAUGUGCCAGCUCCAAGGUCCAAGAGCAUGAGGAGAGGCAGCUGCAGGAGGCCGUCAUCAAGACCAUCGGGUCGUUUGCCAGCAGGCUGCCUGCCUACCAAUGCUCAGAGGUCAUGCUAUUCAUAAUGGGCAAGAUUCCCAUUCCUGGGAUGAACCCUACCCUGGGCACAGCCAGCUCAACGCUGGAAAGUAGCAGAAUGAUUCAGGUCAUGCUGCUGAAGUCCUUGUUGCAGGUCACCACUGGCUUCAGGACCACCAACAUGCUGACUGCACUGCCCAGCUCCUUCCUGGAUCCGCUGCUCACCUAUACUAUGACGGAGGAUGCUGAGAUUCGCCUGCUGGUCCUGGAGAUCCUGGUCAGCCUCAUUGAUCGGCACGACAACCGGCCCAAGUUCUCCACCGUCAGCAUCAUUUCUGACAUCUCCAUCCUGAAGCUCAAGCUGGACAAGUGCUCUCGGCAAGACAACCUGUUCAUGAAUAAGCACUCCCAGCGCCUGUACCGCCACAUUUUCUUCUCCUGCAAAGAGGAGAACAGUACCCAGCCACACUUUGAGGCACUGUAUGCUCUGCUGGCACUUCUCAGCAUGGAGCUGGCCAACGAAGAGGUGGUGGUGGACCUCAUCCGCCUGGCACUGGCCCUGCAGGACCUUGCCCUGACCAAUGAGGAGACACUCCCUACAUACAACCGCUGUGCCGUGCAUGCCCUCUCUGCUGCCUACCUGAACCUCAUCAGCCAGCUAACCACUGUGCCCACGUUCUGCCAGCAUGUUAAUGAGGUGAUUGAGACGCGGCAGAAAGAGACUCCUUUUCUGCUGCCUGAGAACGUGUUCACAGAAGAAUCGCGAAUCCCUAACAGCUUGGAGAAUUUGGAAGAAGGGGUACUUUUUCUCCAGUCGAAAAUCACAGAGGUGCUCCGAGGGAGUGGUUACAACACGGAGAGACUGGACAUCCCGUACAUCCCGGAGUCGACUGAUGAGGACAGGCUCUCAAAGAGGAAGAGCAUCGGGGACACGGUUUCCCUGCAACUGGAGAUGGAGUCCAGGAACAGCCCAGAGAAACAGGAGAGAACUCCUGCAGAGGAAAUCACAUUUGAAAUUUUGAAGAAAGCCAUCGUGAACAGUGUUGGUAUGGAAGAACUGGAACGAGAACGGCGAAAGCAGGUAGUCGAGAAGUUCCAGAAAGCCCCCUUUGAGGAAAUAGCUGCUCACUGUGGUGCCAGGGCUACGUCACUGCAGAGCAAGCUUAACCAGAUCUUUGAGAUCACCAUUAGGCCUCCUCCCAGCCCCUCCGGCACCGCUGCAGGGAGCCACGGGCAGCUCCAGAGCCGUUCUGUGCCAGUGUAUGAGAUGAAGUUCCCUGACCUCUGUGUCUACUAAUGUUUACGGCAGUGAGACCCCCAGCCAGGAGGUCGGGAUGGAGCCAGCAGGUGAUGCAUGUGUCCGGAGAAUUAAAAAAGAGAACAUUCCUCCUUCUUUACCCUUUGUUGCACUGCCGAUCAGCAGCUUGCAUUUCUCUAUACAUUCCUCUUUACACCGUGUCAAACAUACAGGGAAGUCCACAAUAAUCCGACAGUCCUUUCUCCUAAAAACACAGUAAUACUUGUUAUACUGGUAACACGGGAAUAUAUAACA